AUGGGCCUCCCGCGGCCCAGCCGCUGGCUGCUCCUCCCGGUGCUGCUGCUGGCGGCGGCCGCCCGCCCGGGGCAGCCCCGGGGGCCCUGCCCGCCGCCCUGCCGCUGCCCACGGCGGCUGCUGAACUGCAGCCGGGCUGCCCUGGCCAGCGUGCCCCCGGCCACCCGCCGCUGGGCCCUCUCUGUCCUAGAUUUUACUCACAACUCGAUUUCUUCCAUCAAAAAACAAGUGUGGAGGGAAUACCCGUGGGCUGAGUACUUAGUCCUCCAGGACAAUGAUUUGCGGGAAGUGAAGAGGCAUUCACUGGAGGGUCUGCUCCUGCUGAAGUACCUGGAUUUAUCUUACAAUAAAAUCCUGUCCAUUGAGGAACAUGCCUUUGAGCCACUUCCUUUUUUGCAGCUUAUAAACCUUGGUGGAAAUCUCAUCACGCAGAUCCAGAAUGGCACUUUCCAGGCAUGGCAUGGGAUGCAGUUUUUAGAGGAGCUGAUCCUAAGCCAUAACCCACUGUCCAUUAUUGCUGACACAUCAUUCUUCGAGCUGCCUUCAGUCAAGUAUCUAGACCUGGGUGCAACACAAGUGACUCAGCAGACGGUGCUCACACUCCUCCUGACAACAGUCCGCCUGGAAACGCUCAAACUGCCCAGUUACGUGGCCUGCUGCCUCUGCCAGAAGAAACACACCACUGAACCCUCAUGCAGGACCAUCAAGUUCCACUGCAAGAACCUGUGCACCACCAGAGCUCUCCACUGUGCUCGCAUAGAUCCUCUGACAGACACAGAAGGAGAAAUAAUGGAAGUGGUACAAUCCAGAAAACUGAACGCCAGCACGGUGUUGAACCUCGAGCCCAAGGAGUCUUUGCUUGGAGACUAUGACACCGUAACGCUUGCGGUUGUCCUGAGUGUGGCCGGCACUGAUGGUGACCCAAAUAAUCACAUUUACAGAAAAAAUUCAUAUUCCACUCAAUCCCUAUCCAGACAGGAAGGCAAAACCAGUAAGGAGCUGAUGCUGAUGCUGCGCAGCAUUCAUCACAUGGGCUGGACCAGUGAAACUGAUAUAAGGAAACUCUAUUUUCUGACAAAAGUGCUAGCUGCUGAGGUCAAGAAGAAGCUGCACAAGGCUAAGAGUGUCGUGAUUGUCAAAAACACUGCCUCACCCCUGCCAACGCCUACCACACAGAAGCACGAGGUGCACAAGAUGCCAACAGUGGCAGGAGAGACAACCACAGGCUCGGUGCAAAAGCAGCAGGACUUAGGUUUGAACCAGACAGCAUUAAACCCCUGGGAAGCAGCUGGCAGGUUAAACCGCACUGACAACGUCUCUGUCUUCAGACAUCACAAAAUAACCACAGCUCCUUCAAAACAUUCCUUUUUGCACCCCCCAGCAAAGGACCCUCAUUUGUCCAGGUCUUUUAAGAUUCAAAAUUAUCCCAAAGCUGUGGAACAGACCAGGAAAACUCAUGGGAUGGAGGAUGUGGAGGAUGCAGAAGAUGCAGAGGAAGUACCAUCUCCAAGGCAGGACUAUGUUUGGACUUACAAAAAGCACAAGCAGGGGGACAACCCAUAUCUGAAUAAAAGUAACCAGCUUUUCUACGAGACAUUUGGCAAUGUGAAUCCAGAGGAAGAACCCAUACCAACAGAAAGUAAAGCAGAGCAGAGACUAAACACAAACCGGAGUUUUUUCUAUAACCUGUUGGCUAGCAACAGCCCCCUUGCUGCAAGCAGCCUGCUAGAGAAUGCGGCUGAAGAAGAGGCUUCCUCUCUAGGUAGGCAUUUACUGGCCAUCCCUCGGAACACAAAACCACACCGGAAGCAACAAAAGGAAGGAUCCAGUUUCCUCAAUAAAUCAGGGAGCUCCAGCAGCCCAGACAACAGGCCGGUUCAAGGAAACCUCUUUGAAACCAAGGUCCACCAUCAGCUACACUUGCUCGUCCCAGACGAAGCCCUGCGGGCGUUCAUCGCCCACGUGGCGCAAGCCCUGAGGAGGGAGUGCCGCCUGCCCAAGGUCCAGCUGGCCUGUGCAAAGAUGGUCGCAAAGAUGGGGCUGCUCAUCAAGCUGCUCAGCAAGAGGCAAGUUGACCAGGGAGACUCUACUCUCGUGGGCCAGUGUCUCCUGGAAGGGAAUGUUUCCAGUGGCAUGAUCAGGGCCUGGAAGGCAGGCAGGAAAUCCACAGGGAAGUGGAAAUCAGAGUACACCUCCGGCGACAGGCUCCUGUUAGCGAUAUCGGCGUCUAUCAUCAUCAUGAUUUGUCUCAUGGUGAUUUGUCUCAUUGAGGUUUGCUCCCCAAAACCUGCAACCACUUCUCAGCCCCAAAGCACCAGUAAAUCACGCCCGAGAUGGUUUUUUCAAAAACUACUGCCACAAGGAUGGAGAAAAGACAAGUACAACGUUAAAGAGCAGGACUCGCACGUAUCAGAUCUGAACGAAACCAAACCGCAGUGGCUUAGAAACCUGUACCAACCCCUUGACCCCCAGCAUAAAAAAUCCAUGGCUGAGCUGUACGAUGAAGAGAUCUCGGACGAGGAGAUUUUCAACAAGUCUGAGCUAAAGUAAGUGGGCUGGUGACCAUGCCCACGCUUAUUUUUCAGCUCUUGUUCUGAUGUAGGAACCUGCUGAGGCUUUCCUUGGCUGUUACUUCUUUGCUGUUAUUUCCUUGGCUGUUACUGCCUUGGAUGUUAUUUCCUUGGAUA